UUGAUCUACAUUGGUGAACAAUGAGCAUACUGCACACAGAAACACACCUUCUCUUCAGUGAUUCCAACUGCAUUAUUCUAAAUUAACUUCAAAACUCUUAAAAUAUGAGAACACCUGCCAGACAGAACACUAAAGGGAAGAAUUCUUUUCAUGUUUUAUAACCAUCUCUGGUUACAUUUCUUGACUUAAGGAGAAGCCAGCUGUUUUGCACAUAGUGGUGCUUUGUUUUGACUUCACCAUGAGUUCCUGCAACGUCCGGGUACUGAUAGCUAUUGUGUGUGGGCUGCUGACGGGCAUCGUUUUGGGCCUGGGCAUCUGGAGGAUGGUCAUAAGGAUCAACAGAGGGAUAUCUGUUUCUGUGUCAAGCACACCUAUUCAGUUCUGCAGGAAUGGGGGAACCUGGCAAAAUGGCAGAUGCAUUUGUACUGAGGAGUGGAAAGGGCUGAGAUGUACAAUUGCUAAUUUCUGUGAAAAUAGUACCGACAUGGAAAUGAACCUCACCUUCGGGAGAAUCCCAGUGGGCAGAUAUGGACCUUCUUUGCAAACAUGUGAACUGGGAACUGUGAAUGCGGGCAAUCCUAAAGCAACUCGGCUGUGUGGUGUUUCUGAGUAUGGAGAGAUAGAAGUACAAAAUGUUAUAAGAGGAAAUUGCGAAGUAAAUCUAGAGAUGCUGGAGAAGCAGAUAAACAACAUCACAACAAAUGCUGAGAGUAUUUCUAAAGAAGUUCAGGUUUUAACAACAGAUGCCAGUAAACUGACGGCUAAGAACAUCACUUCUGCUACUACAGUGGUUGGACAGAUCUUCAAUAAAAUCGGAAACGCUGAAAGCGAGGCAAAAAAACUUGCUAUAACCACAGUGAGUCAGAUUUUGGAUGCCAGUGAAGAUGUUUUUCAAAAAGCUGCUGAGAUCGACACUAGCAACUCCUUUACCAAUCUUAUCCAGCAAAUGGAGGAUUACUCCUUUUCUCUGGGUGAUAAAACAGUGGUGGAGCCUAACAUAGCAAUCCAGUCCGUCACUCGAGAGGGUAAUAAUACAGGGCCAAGAGUUCUCUUCUCUGUACAGAAAGGGUCUAGUGAUUCUCUGGUUUCUGGUGGAACAUCAAUCAACAAGAUGGCAGAUGCUCUCAACCCAGAUGGACAGACUGAACUUCAGAUCUUACUUAGUACUAUGGAAAAUAAAAGUUCAUGUGGUUUUGUGGUGUAUCAAAACCACAAACUUUUCCAAUCAAAAACUUUCACUGCUACAUCAGAUUUUAGUCAAAAAAUUAUCUCCAGCAAAAUAAAUGUAAGCGAACAAGCCCAGAAAGAUGUUUCUGUGCAAAUGAUAUUUAAUCCCACGUACGACAAAAGCGAAUUCCAGCUUCAUUCUUAUGCCUGUGUCUACUGGAAUUUUUCAAAAAACGACUGGGACACAUUUGGCUGCCAAAAAAACAUGAGCAUCACAGGGUUCCUUGGCUGCCAAUGCAACCACACAACCAAUUUUGCUGUAUUGAUGAGUUUCAAAAAGGAUUACAAGUAUCCCAAAUCCCUAGACAUUUUAUCCAACAUUGGCUGUGCUUUGUCUAUUGCUGGUCUGGCUCUAACAAUCUUAUUCCAGAUUCUCACCAGGAAAAUCAGGAAAACCUCAGUAACCUGGGUGUUGGUCAGUUUGUGUACAUCAAUGUUGAUUUUUAACCUUCUCUUUGUGUUUGGAAUUGAAAACUCCAAUAAGAACCUAAAGGCAAGUGAUAGUAACAUCGAUACUAACCCUGAAAAUAAUGAAAUACCAGAAAGUGACACCAUUGAAACCCCAAAUCCCUCAUGCACAGCCAUUGCUGCCUUGCUCCACUAUUUUCUGUUGGUGACAUUCGCCUGGAAUGGACUCAGUGCGACACAGCUCUACUUCCUUCUGAUAAGGACCAUGAAGCCACUCCCUCGGCACUUCAUCGUCAUUAUCUCAUUAGUUGGAUGGGGAGUUCCAGCAAUAAUAGUAGGCAUCACAAUUGGGAUUAUUUAUGCCCUGAGUGGAAACAAGUCAUACUGGGAGUUAGACUAUCGGCAAGAGGAAAUCUGCUGGCUGGCCAUUCCCAAGAACAAUGAUUUUGCAAGAAGUCCACUUUUGUGGUCGUUCAUCGUGCCCAUAACCAUUAUCCUCAUCAGCAACAUUGCUCUAUUUAUCACAAUCACAGUCAAAGUGUUGUGGAAGACCAACCAGAACCUGACAAGCACAAAAAAGGUUUCAUCCCUAAAGAAGGUUCUCAGCACAUUGUCUAUUGCAGUUGUUUUUGGAGUUACCUGGAUCUUUGCAUAUGCUAUGCUAAUUAAUAACGAUGACAUCAGGAUUGUUUUCAGCUACAUAUUUUGUCUUCUCAACACCACUCAGGGAUUGCAAAUAUUCAUUCUCUACACUGUUCGAACAAAAGUAUUUCAGGAUGAAGCUUCCAAAGUAUUGAAGUCACUGUCAUCAUCCUUUGACAGAUCGAAGACAAUGCCUUCAAUAACCCCACUGAAACUGCGUGUAAGGAUGUACAAUAUGCUGAGGUCCAUCCCAGCCCUAAAUGAACGAUUUAGGCUACUGGAGCCAUCUGCAGCGACUGAGGAAACAUCAUUGUCUUGAAAGUGACCAAGCAAAAUCAAGUGUCUAAGAAAACUGUUACCUAUGAUGGUCUUUUUUGUCCAACUCAUAAGAAUUGUAUCUGUUUAUGUUUUCUCUAAUUCUCCUACAAUACCUUCCUGAAUACAUGUUAGAACUUGCUGUUUAUUACCA